GCUCUGAAAACCAUCUUUCUGUUACAGAUGGGGUUUGGGUCUCUGGCCAAUGUCCUUCUCUUCUUCCACAGCAUAUCUCCACUUUUGUUUGGACACAAACAGAGACCCACAGACAAGAUUCUCACCCACAUUGUCACGGCCAAUCUCCUCGUUCUUCUUUCCUCUGGGAUGCCCCACACAAUGGCAGCUUUUGUUUGGAGGAAACCCCUGUCCAGUCUUGGGUGUAAGUGUGUCUAUUACCUACAGAGAGUGGCUCGCAGCACCACCCUGUGCUCCACCUGUGUCCUGAGCACCUGUCAGUUCUUCACUCUCAUCCCCAGGAAAGUAGAGUGGAUGAUGCUCAGAAGAAGAGGCUCCAAGUUCAUUGGUCCUUCCUGUUGCACCUGCUGGGUAUUCGGGCUCUUAUUGAAUAUCUAUGUUCCUGUGAAGCUAACUGGACCGCAGGAUGUAGGAAAUGAUACGAGCAUCGAGGGGAAAUGGUUCUGUUCAUCCUCAAGUUCCUUUGCAGGCAUUGUCAUCCUAUGGUCAUUUCCUGAUGUCGUGUUUCUUGGCGUCAUGGUCUGGUCCAGUGGCUCCAUGCUGCUUCUCCUGCACAGACACCACCAGAGGGUGCAGUAUAUUCAUACUCCCACUGGCCACCAGCAAUGCCCCCCAGAGACCAGAGCUGCCCACACCAUCCUGAUGCUGGUGGUCACCUUUAUCAUCUUCUACGUGCUGGAUUCCACUUUCACGUUUUAUAUCACUGCCUUUUUAGAUUCUCGUCUAUGGUUAAUGCAGAGCUGUAAUGUGUUGACUUCAUGUUUUCCCAGUGUUUGCCCCUUCCUGCUGCUCCUUAGGAAUUCUAGAAGUCCUAGGAUUUGCUCUUGA